AUGCCUGUGUUACAUUUUCACCUGUUAAUUGUACGAUGCUUUAAAAAGGAACGCAGUAAAUGCCAACAUCUUUCUUGUGCUUUGUCUCCUCAGGACGAGUUUUUAGAUGUGAUCUACUGGUUCCGGCAGAUCAUUGCAGUUAUUUUGGGAAUCAUCUGGGGAGUUGUUCCACUGAAAGGAUUCGUGGGAAUAGCAGUGUAA